GCGUUUCAAACCCGUACGGUACUUGGCAAAACAAGCUUUGCUUCUUUGCUUCUUCUUCGCUCUCGGUAGAAACCGGCGUUGGACUGGGCUGGUACCAGUAUUCAUCUUUCGCCGAAGCAAAACCUCCCAAAGAUCAAGGAGAGGAAGCGCACAGAACACAAACCUUGGCUGCAGAGGAAGAGGCUCGAUCCGACCAAGAAAGUCUGAACCCACUCCAUUAAUCCUCAAGAAGUAACAAUGAGCAACAACAUGAACGUUUCUUCGAUCCUCGAGGUGAACUCCCAGUCCAUUGAGCACCUUCGUGCGGGUAGGUUCAGUGAGGCCAAUGAGGGCCUUGGGCAAGUCUUGGAAGGGAUGAAACGGUACAUCCAAUCAUCGGGUCCGUCAGAGUCAACGGAUCUGGGUGGGAAUGCCAUGAUCAGUGAGCAGCAGCAGCCAGGCAAGGCUGCUGUAGCUGCUACGGCUCCUUUUGUCCUCCGCACAGAGGACGUUCCCGUGAGGACGGGGGAUACCGCCAAAGACGCGGUCCUCUCGCUUUUCGCCCGAGCAUUCUCCGUCCCUGUUCUUCCCAUGACCAAGGGAGAGAAAGCUGCUUCGUUGAUGGCCUUUGUAUACAAUCUUGCCUUUGCCCGCCACUCGGAGGCCCUUGCUACCCAAGAUAACGUGCUGUCUCGAGCACUACUGGGACAGGCAGGAAAGUUGUAUCAGACAGCCUUGAGAGUGGCCAGCAGUCACCUGGAAGACGAGCAAUCCCUAGACGGCUUUCCAUGCCUUCUAUUGGCCACUGCCAACAAUUAUGCCCAUGUCUUUGUGGAGCAGUUUGAUGCCCAAGAAGCCGGAAAGGGUGUUUCCAUGUUGCACAGCCUGAUGAAGGAACCUUCCGUGCUGAGGGAAAUGCCUGAAGAAGACUACUCCUUCUUUGAAAGCAACGUGAUUAACUUCCUGGAGUCUCCCUUGUUUUCAAUUGCGCCCGCAGCCUAG